UAUUAUGAUGAAAAAAAUAAGAUACCCACGCCGCCGUAUUCUCUAGCCUCUCCACCCUUCUCGGCGGCGCUUUCUAGUUUCUACGAUUCUUCCUUCUCACCAUAUAAUUGAGAAAAAAAAAUGUCAAUCCUUUCUCUCUCCUUUUCUCCAUUUCCAAAUUCAUCUCUCUCUCAUCUCAGUUCCCAUGCUCCCUCCCGUAUCCAAUCACUCCAUCCUUCUUCAUCCAUGACCCUCCUCAAACCUCUCCACCACCAUCUCCGUCGCCGUCUCUCCAUCUCCGCCGCCGCAGCCGUCCGUCAAGACACUAAUCUCUGGACAACCGCGCCUCUCGUCACUGUUUCACCUGCCGCUGAGUCUCUCUUCCACGUCACCAUCGACGUGUCCGAUUACCCUGACCUAGCUACCUCACACACCAAGGCAGGUCAAUAUCUUCAGCUUCGGAUUCCUGACGUGGAGAAACCGUCGUUUUUAGCGAUUGCAUCUCCGCCUUCGCUUGCUGCAGCGAAAGGUGUGUUUGAGUUCCUUGUGAAAAGUAUUUCUGGCUCUACGGCGGAGCUACUAUGUGGAUUGCAGAAAGGUGAUGUUGUGGAGUUGAGUCAGGUUAUGGGGAAAGGAUUUGACUUGGAUCAAAUCUCUCCUGCGGAGGAGUAUCAGACGGUCGUGAUUUUUGCAACCGGAUCUGGAAUCAGCCCAAUUAGAUCCCUGAUUGAGGCAGGGUUUGGUGCAGACAGGAGAUCUGAUGUUCGGCUAUAUUAUGGUGCACGGAAUUUGAAGAGAAUGGCAUAUCAGGAUAGGUUUGAAAACUGGGCAUCCUCUGGGGUUAAGGUUGUGCCAGUGUUGUCUCAGCCUGAUGAUGCUUGGAAAGGUGAAGACGGCUAUGUUCAGGCAGCAUUUGCCCGAGCUAAAAACAUUUUUAAUCCUCAAUCCACCGGAGCAGUCCUCUGUGGUCAAAAGCAAAUGGCUGAGGAGGUGACUUCUCUUCUUGUAGCAGAUGGAGUCUCCACCGAAAAGAUUCUGAAGAACUUCUGAACAAUUCCAAUUUUGGUUCGUCGUGUUGUAUUAUUGUCUAGUAUAAAAUCAAUUUAUUCGAUUUCACCUGCUGGCUUCAAGGUAUUCAGCAUGGUCAAACAACAUAAUGUAACAAUGUUAGCCAUCAGCCAUCAGGCUAUACAAAGUCCAAUGUGGCUCGUAUAUGCAUUCAAUCAAAAUUAAUUGUUGAAUAGUCAGUACUAAAGAAGGAAAAGGCUAUAAUACCACUGUUCUGGCUAGUUUUUGUUUAUGGAGUAGGGAGGCUCAAGAUGUUAAUUUAUGCUAUUUUUUUGUG